AUGACGUCACCAUUACUCAUGACUAUGUUCGCCGAGGUUCAAGACAUUUACGCUCGCUUAAAAACUAUUGCAAGACCCGAUGGACCAGAAACCAUGGAGUUUUAUGUUGAGGCACUUCUCUCACUUUCCACCGAGGUCAUUCAUCCUACAAUAAAUGAUGUGAAGCCUCAGUCCCCUGGCGGCGCGCAUAUCGACCCUCUCUUGCUUUCAGACAUCGCACCCCCGACAGUCGUAGGUUCACAGUCAGAGGACUCAAAGGAUGAUGAAGUCAUGGUGUUGGAAAAGUCUGACACCCAAGAUGCUGGCCAAGGCAGUCAAACAAAUCCUAGCUCGAUAGUCAGCCACUCGAAGCCUACAAUCUCACUCUCCGAUCAUGCAAGCAAGAUGGAUAACUCAUCUUUUGCAAUCGAAACCCAAGCUGAGGCUAUCUCAGAUACUCUUCUACAAGUGAACACCAAUAAUUUACAAAAAAGAAAAUUCACUUCAACCAUACCUGACCUUAAAGAUAAGAAAAACUCAAAGCAGAAAACAAGCAAUUCACCACCAAAGCUACCUUGCUGUUCUCAACAUUCAACUUCAAAUUCGAUUUCCCAAGAUCUGAUCAAAGAUGAACGCGCUUCGUUAAGUCCACCAUCGAAAUUGAAACUACAGAUUUGUUUUGCUAAUCAAAUAAAGUAUGGUACGAGAACACCGGAUGAACUAGAUUUUAAAGAGAACCUUAUCUGUGGUGGUUCCUUGGGACCGGUUGUAAAUGAUGAAACUCAUAGGAAUUUAAUCGAAGACAAAUCUUCAUAG